UAAAUUAUAAUUUUUCUUCGAUGUUCUUUCAUAAUAACGGAGUUCCUCUAUGUUCUUUCUGUUACAUUAUUUUUUAUCCCCUUUAAUGAUAUAGCCAUAGUCCAUUUGCACGUAAAAGGAUACAGAUCAGAAACUAGAAUCAAUUCAAUUAGAAUUUACCUACAUUUUAACUACUAAGCUAGAAUCUCAGAGAAAAUUUUUUGAAAACCAAAUGAAACAAUUUGAAGAAAACAACUAUGCACAAGUUAGUAAAAUUCAAUCAAAGGCUAAUACUGCAACUGAAGAAAACAAAAAAUUGAAAAAAAUUAUUCAUGGUACAAAUAAAGAUAGUGACAUUUUAGAAAAAAAAGUGGAAGAAAACAAGAAUCUUUUAGAACGUAUCAAUACUAUUAAUAAAGAAAAACUUAAUUUAGAAAAAAAAAUAAAAAACUUGAAUAUUAAAUUAGAACAAACAAAGAGUAAAUUAGAUGAAGAAUCCCAGAUAAAUUUUGCUUUACAGAAAAAUCAAGUUGAGUGGCAAGUGAAAUUUUCUCAAUUAGAAAAAGAAUUUACAAAUUAUAAAACUGUUAAAGACCAAGAAAUUACUGAAUUAAAAGAGCAAGUAAGGCACCUUAUUUUUUUUUAGAAGCUCAAAAUACAAUUGAUAAGAGUGAUUGUCGAGAAGAUAUUUUAAAUGGAUCUUUGAUUGUUGAUGAUCAAAAUACUAAAGCAGGUUCUAGUAAAUCACGUAAUCAUAAAAAACAAAG